CGUUUUAUUCACAGUUAAACCAACAGAAGCUAGAGAAUGUAGUUUAAAUGAAAAGAACUGGAUUUUGAAAAUGGAAUGGGCACUAAAAGAAAUGGAAGGGGUGCGAAAGAAGUUUUGAGCCAUUUUUGGUAUGAAUCAUAUGGUGAGGAAGACCUCUUAUUGGAGACUGUUGCUAAAUGAGCGAUGGCUGUCCGAGUCCUCCAGCGUGAGCUAGAGUAGCCGUCUCGAUGAUCAAGUAAACAGAGGGGAUCUCUCGUCCCGAACGGAACGGCGUGCGCAUGCGCAGUAGUCAUUACGUCGGAAAGAUGGCGGAGGAAGAGCAAAGAAAAAAGAUCCCCUUGGUUCCAGAAAAUCUCCUGAAAAAGAGGAAGGCUUAUCAAGCCCUCAAAGCCACCCAGGCAAAGCAGGCACUUUUGGCAAAGAAGGAGCGGAAGGUAAAAGAGAUCAGAUUUAAGCGACUGGAGUCUUUCCUUCACGAUUCCUGGCGACAGCGGCGUGACAAGGUGCGCGUGAAACGACUAGAAGUGAAACCUCGAGCUUUGGAAGCACCCGAUGAACAUUCCUUGGCCUUUGUUGUCCGCCUCCAAAGGAUUAACGGGGCGAGUUUACUAGUACAGAAGACCAUUGCAAGACUUCGCCUGAAGAAGUUGUUCAGUGGUGUCUUUGUUAAAGUCACCCCCAGAACCCUCAAAAUGCUGCGGAUAGUGGAGCCUUACGUCACCUGGGGAUUUCCAAAUCUGAAGUCUGUCCGGGAACUCAUUUUGAAACGUGGACAGGGCAAGGUCAAGAAUAAGACCUUCCCUCUGACAGACAACACUGUGAUCGAGGAGCACCUGGGCAAGUUUGGUGUCAUUUGCCUGGAAGACCUCAUUCAUGAAAUCGCCUUCCCGGGGGCGCAUUUCCAAGCGAUCACGUGCUUCUUGUGCCCUUUCCACCUCUCCGUGGCCCGGCACGCCACCAAGAACAGGAUGGGCUUCCUCAAGGAGAUGGGCUCACCUGGCUAUCGGGGUGAACGCAUCAACCAGCUCAUCCGCCAGCUGAACUAGUUCCAGAAUAUCAAAGCACAGUGCCUUGAAGCCUGUUUCUGUUUUUGGAACUGUUACCAAGUAUCUUCAGAGAAGAUGAUUUCUGCUUUCAGAGACUGGAAGGAAGCAGUCAGGGACGCGGCAGGUUCUGGUCAUGGAAGGCAGCCUUCACCACUGCCCAGUUUCAAGGAAAAGUUCCAUUGUUUUCCACAUUGUCCUCCACUGCCACUGAAAUCAACACAUGCUGUGGAGGAAGGAGUCUGGUUUUGUUUCAUCUUCUGUCCUGGGGUUUGGUGUUGGUGAAUGAAUAACCUGAGCGAGGA